AUGGCGAGACUUGCCUCGGUACAAGGGCUUUGGCGACCUCUUGCAGGCGUUCGCCCUCUUGUCGCGCUCUACGAAGGAACCAGAUUGUCCCACCAUUACACGCUUUCCCAUGCCACUCUCGCCACAUCUGCCGAAGAAAAUCCAUCUCCCGAGAGGAGAGUAUGCUCCGUGUCCACUUCCCUCGUUCUGGAACGACAAACGUGA